AUAUAAGGUUGAAGAGAGGAGCAUUCUGUUCCAACCCACAUUUGCCAAGUAAAUUACAGGUCAUUAGUUGGGCUUUUCACUAAAAUGGCUCUAACGGGUAAGCUAGAGACUGAAGUAGAGGUCAAAGUAGCCGCCGAUAAGGCCUAUGGCAUCUUUAGGAGCCAAACGCACCAACUUCCCAACAUCGCCUCUGACAUGAUACACAAAACUGAGAUUCAUGAAGGUGAUUGGGAGACUCCUGGCUCCAUCAAGUCCUGGAAUUAUACCAUAGAGGGUAAUGUUCUGAGUCUGAAGGAGACGAUAGAGAAAAUAGACGAGGAAAACAAGUCUAUCACCUAUAAAGUUGUGGAUGGAGAUGUAUUGAAGCUUUACAAGAGCAUGAAAGUCACCAUUCAGGUAACUGCUAAGAAUGAUGGAAGCAGCUUGAUGAAAGUUAUCAUAGAUUAUGAGAAGCUAAAGGAGGAUUCUCCUGAUCCACAUCCUUACUUGGAAUUUGCUGCCAAGGUCUUUAAGCAUAUCGAGACUCAUCUUCUCAAGGCCUAGCACAAAAUUAAUUAAUUAAUUAAUUAAUCAAUGUGCUUGCAUGGAUAUAUGUAGUAAUUGUAGUUGAGUUGAUAAUAGCCUACUUGUAUGUACUUGAAUAAGGAAAGCAUCCCUGCCAGGCUAUUAUAAUGUCACUUGAUCUAUGUGCAGUAAUGAUAAUCAUUAUAUUAUGUUUGUUUAAUAUA